AUGGCAAGAUACAUGGGUGGCCCUCGUGAUCGCCGUGCUCGUCGCGGCCGUCCACCAUUGAUUGUGUCCCCCGUCUCGAGCGAUCGCGAGACGGGUGACAGCGACGAUGAUCAGACGAACACGAAUUUGCAGCAGACUAAUGACGGGAUUCCUGACAGCGAUGACCUUGGAAGCAGUUCUCAGUAUGACCAGGAUGAUGUUUUGCAGCACGGCCAAGUCGAGUUGAACUCUGAGAUGGAAGGGCAUGGAGAGACUUUGGAGGGCGAGGACGGAAACGGCAUCGCCUACCAUGAUGACUUCGACAGCGACUCCAUCAUCUCCGCUGUCAGCUAUGCACCUGUUUACCCUGUUCGCAAAUCCGACGAGAUGACAGAGGAUGCACUCAGUGAAAAGGGGCCACCUCCAAAGAGACAACGGUCUCUGAGCAUACCCAUCCACUACAAGUCACGCUUUACCACAGGAAUGCCCAUCUUCGAGCCGCAGCCGCUGCCCAUUGCGUAUGGGUGGAUGGUCAAGGGGACCGCUGAGCACGUCGAGGACCUCCACCUCUCUGGCAUUCCAUUCUGCACCAGAGAGGUCCAUUCCAAGAUGAAGAUCGAAGUCUUGGGGGAGUACACUUGGAUCGAAGUGACCCCAAGCCAGCAGGAGAGCUACGAGAGGUUUCCCGCAAUUUAUGUGCCAGGCAAGUAUCGACAUCUCGAGUGCAACGCCCGUACAUGGCGAGGUCUCAAGAUCGACACAAGCCUCGACCAGGACGACAUCCGAUCUACCACCUCCCAGACAAUCCGCGAUGAUAACCUCAACCGCCAGCCCCGAUACCCCUACGAGCCCACCUUCCGCGCCCUAGAGUCGGCCCAGAACGCCACCAGCUUCAAGGACAUCGACGUCGUCACCGACGCCGAGACCCUGACGCAGCUCCUGUCCUUCAUAAUGGGCACCUCGUCCGCGCGCCGCGUCAAGGAGUCCUUCCGCCUCGAGCUCACCAGCGUGCGCAACACCCUCUUCGUCCACGCCAGCCACAAGCCAGGCAGCAGCCAGGCGGGGCCGCCGCCCAAGAAGACCCGCCACGACCCGAAGGUCUCCGUCCCGGACUGGGCCGCCGGCGUGCUCGGGCACGCCGGCACGCGCGCCGCGAGGCUGCCGUACAGCGGGGGCCACUACCGCCUCGUGCGGUACCGCUUUGGUAGCGUCGUGCUCGCCGUGCGCGUCAAGGUGGACUUCGUGUACGAGCACCGCAAGGACUCGAGGCGCGCGGGCGCCGACCCGCUGCGCGACGUGCAGCCCCAAUUCAUGCCGCGGGAGGAGGGCGACGUCGCGCAGGUCUGGAGGACGACGGUCAAGAGGCAGGGGCUGGGGACCAAGCCGGCCGGGGCCGGUGUCGCGUCCGUCAGGUACGUGUGGCAGGACCCCAAGGCCAGGAUGCGGGCGCUCCUUCCGCAGCUGUGGUUCUCCCGCUCGCCCUUCGUCGUCGACUGCCAGGUCAGCUACCCGGACCUGCUCGUCAAGGAAGUCGCGCUCGUCAACUCCCGGCAGUGGUACCCCUCGUACGAGCGCGGGUACCAGAACAGCCUGCGCCGUCUAGCGGGUCUGCUGAAGCACCUGCAGGAGCGGACCCGCGAGAUGGGCGGCAACAUCGUCCUCAUCGCCGACCCGCCGGCCCUGCCCGAGGAGCUGGUGCUGAAGUUCUGGGGACCCGACACCGAGAAGGAGGAGCGAGAGAGGCAGGCCGAGAUGGACCGCGCCAGCACGCCCGAGCAGGAGCAGAGCGACCUGACCGACCUCAGCGACACCCCCAGCCUUCCCCCCGGAUCGGACAUGGACAAUGUUCGCCGUUCGCAGCCGGACAAGUCGCAGGCCAAUGCUGAGGAGACGUCCUCGGGGAUAGCUGGUGGCAGCCCUACCAGGGCGGAGAGGCAGCUCGCCGAAGGCAUCGACCCCGUCCAGAUGGUUGAGCACUGGAACCAGUCAGUCAACAAUCCUGUGCAGCAGUCAGUCGAGCAUGACGGAGAAAGAGACGAGACGAACAAUGAAGACGAUGUCCAGUACGACGCCGAUGCGAGCCUCGACGGAUACCGUUCCUCGUCACCCCAGGAUAGCGUCAUGGUAGGCGAGUCUGCACAUGAGCCUGCGUGUGAUAUGGUAGGCGAGUCUCCGGGGGAGCCUGGAGUUGAGGGCGCCGAUGCCGUCCUAAACAGCCUGGCUCUCCAGAUGAACACCGGCGGAGCGACGCAGGAGGGUGACGACAGAUUGGCUGCCGUAGCCCGCAAUAGAGACACCGAGGUCCUUCGAGGUCAGCACUCCCUCCUGAUGGCGGACCGCCACCUCACCGCGGGGAUGCACUCCUCCUCCGACGACGACGAGUGGCCCCCCAGACCACGCACCGAGCUUCACGGCCGCAUCACUAACGCGGUUCCAGACACAGGUCAGGGUGGUACAUCUGACGGUUCCGAAGCGCGCGGACAAGAUUAUCAGGAGUCGCGAAGCCUCAGUCCCUUCGAGCCAAACCCACCGACCCCAAGAGGCCCAUCCGACUACGAAAUCGACAACGACGGGAAUAUCGUCGACCGGCACCAGGGCAACAGGGAACGAAUGAUGGCGGACUCGAGCGACGAGGAUGCGGACUCGCCCCCGCGCCGCGUCGCACGCCCGUCCCACCGAGUCUCCCGGCGCCAUGACCUCACGGCCAGCGGACGGUCCCGACUGAGCGAGCCUAAUGCUGGUUGGCGGCGUCGUAAUCGAAUCGAGGCUAGCCCUGAAGACGAUUCGCAAGCGACCGAAUCCCAAGGAGGGGAGGAUGAUACCGAGGACGCGACUUCGAACGGUGCUACGAGCCAGGAGAACGGCCGAGAGAACGACCAGGUGAACAGCCACGAAAGCCAGGAGAGCAGCCAGGGCGGCGCAUUGAACGGUCAUGUUACCACCAACGGCCACUCGUCUCGCCGUCGUCGGGUAAACGGCUCCCGCAGCCGGGGCGACGAGUACGACCCUGCUCAUCCGUUCUGA